AAGACUUUAGUUAAAUAAGUUCUACUUGCGUCUUGGAGCAGACCAGAAUUGUUAAUCGUGAAGUUUUUUCAUUAUAAUCUUUGAAGUUUAUAUCUGUAUAAAAUUCAUAAAAAUAUAUAUAAAAUAUUCGUAUUGUAUGAUUUAUGCAUCUAAAUUGCAUUCGAGUUAGUUCCCAACUGGCUUUGGGAUCGAUCAGUUAAUAAGCUGUGUCGGAUUCAACAAAUAGCUACUUAUGUCAAGCUGUUUAGUUGCUUAACAGAUCACUUGUAAAAUUGAGCUUUUAACAUUAAGCUUAUAACAUGGUUAGAUUCUAUUACUGCCUGAUCUGGCUAUGCCUGCAUGGCAAUCUAGUGCUUGCUAGAUGCGGCGAUGCGGCUUUUUUAGAAGAUGCACAUCUACCAUCUCCUGGUCUCAUCAGAAAGUAUGGUUACCCAUUUGAAGAGCAUAAAAUCGAAACCAACGAUGGCUUUCUACUGACGGCUCAUCGUAUACCCAAACGAGGGGGACCGCCUGUGCUACUGGUGCAUGGAUUGCAGGAUAGCUCUGCGGCUUGGCUGGUAAAUGGUCCAGAUAAGGCACUGGCCUAUCUGCUCAGUAAUCGGGGCUACGAUGUCUGGAUGCUUAACGUACGUGGCAAUCGUUAUUCGCGAAGGCAUAUCAAUUAUAAGCCUCGUCAACGUCAGUUCUGGGACUUUUCGUUCCAUGAGAUUGGCAUUUAUGAUCUGCCCGCCACCAUUGACUAUAUAUUGAAUCGAAGUGGGGGCUAUAGGAAUCUGCACUACGUCGGUCACUCCCAAGGCACCACCUCGUUCUUUGUGAUGGGCUCCGAGCGACCAGCGUAUAUGAAGAAGAUCAAACUAUUUCAAGGACUUGCCCCAGUUGCCUAUUUUGCGUAUAUGAAGCAGUCAUUGGGAAAAUAUUUUGCGCCUUACAUGGGAGAGAUUGUGCGACUGGCUUAUCGUUCUUGCAUCUAUGAGUUUCCGCCGCAGAGUAAAGUGUUGAAAAAAGUGUUUUAUAAGCUCUGUACUGUUAUUCUUCACAAAUCCUGUACGUUCCUUAUAAUGAAGCUUGCUGGUGUGGAUUACAGGCAGCUGAAUAGCACAACUAUUCAAAUAUAUAUUGGCCAUUUUCCAGCUGGUGGCUCUGUCAAAUCGUUUGAUCACUAUGCUCAGCAGAUUAACAGCGGCGGCUUCUUCAAGUAUAAUUAUCGUAGUGUGGCUAAGAAUCGGAGAGCUUACGGCUCGGCUAAACCACCCGCCUACAAGUUGGGCAACGUCGACUGCAAAGUGGCUCUAUAUUAUGGCAAAAACGAUCUGCUGGCCGCUGUCAAGGAUGUGCAGCACUUGCGCAACGAGUUGCCAAAUGUGGUGCAUGAUGAGCUAUUGACCUACAGAAAAUUCAAUCAUAUUGAUUUUCUAGUUGCGAUUGAUGUGAGAAAAUUGCUUUAUGACAGCAUGUUCAGUGUGAUGAAAAGGGUCGAAAACGGAGAGCUUUAAUGAAAACAAAAUUGGAAAUAGUAUUUCAAUUAGAAGAUGUACAUAAAUAAAUAAAUAAA